GCAGAUGUUCUUCAGCGUUGACAUACUUUCACUUUGUUUGGAACGCAAUUUCGGAUCCAUUUACCCUCACCGACAGAAUAAAUAAACCACAAAUAUCUCCAGUGACAAGCGCCUGGGGAAGCUGACGGUUUUGGUACUUUAAGUCGUAAACAGUGGCAUUAAAGGACCGUCAUUAAUAGUUAGCUAACUUGGAAGGCUGAUAACUUGUUCGCGGUUAAAACGUUGUUUAGCUAUUAAACCAUGGCAUAACCUGAGCUGACGUCUUAGAUAGCUGGUGACAAUGGAGCGGGUUUCAAUCAAACAGAACCAGCUGUGUGGACCGUGGGAAAUGAAGGAGAGACUCGGGAUGGGAGGCUUCGGGCACGUCUACCUGUACCAGAAUCAUAAGUCGGGGGAGAAGUUAGCUGUGAAAAUCUGCCGUCUUGAACUGAGCUCCAAGAACAAGGAACGCUGGGGCAGAGAGAUCCAAAUCAUGAAGAAGUUGAACCACGUGAAUGUUGUUCAGGCCAGUGAAGUUCCAGAAGAAUUGAGCUUGAUUGCUCGGAAUGACCUUCCGCUGCUAGCUAUGGAGUACUGCUCUGGAGGAGACUUACGCAAAGUUCUCAGUAAACCAGAAAAUUGUUGUGGUUUGAAGGAGAGUGAAGUGCUCGCCCUGCUCCGUGACAUUGGAUGUGGUAUCGAGUACCUUCAUGAAAAUAAGAUUAUACACAGAGACUUAAAGCCAGAGAAUAUAGUUCUACAAGAAAUCAGUGGCAAGCUUGUCCAUAAAAUUAUAGAUCUUGGUUACGCAAAAGAUCUUGACCAAGGCAGUGUCUGUACGUCAUUCGUCGGAACUCUCCAAUAUCUUGCUCCAGAGCUGUUUGAGAGUAAACCUUACACGGUAACUGUGGACUAUUGGAGUUUCGGAACAGUGAUUUUUGAGUGCACCUGUGGCUUUCGCCCGUUUCUACACCAUAUGCAGCCCGUACAGUGGACAAGCCAAGUUAAGAAUAAAGGUGCCAAAGACAUCAUGGCAGUGGAGGACAUGAAUGGAGAAGUUCGAUUUUCAGCACAUCUUCCAUAUCCCAAUAACCUCAGCAGGCCGUUGCUGGCGCCAGUCGAGAAUUUGCUGCAGAUGUUGUUACUGUGGGACCCGGCAGCACGUGGCGGAGGGUUGGAUCCGGUUACGAAUAAGGCAAACUGUUACAGAACUCUCCAGAAUAUUCUCAACAUGAAGGUGAUCCAUGUUUUGGAUAUGACAUCAGCUCAGCUGCACUCUUUGACCCUGGAGGCCGAAGAGAGCUUACACUCCUUGCAGCUUCGUCUGGAGACACACACACAAACACACAUCUCCCCUCUGAAUCAAGAGCUACUGUUAGAGACGGGAAUCUCCCUCGACCCGCGCAGACCUCCUGCGCACUGUCUGCCAGAUGGUUUGAGAGGCUGGGACACCUUUAUCGUCUUUCUUUUUGAUAAGAGCCUAUCUAAGUACUCAGGACCCCUGACUGCCAGACCCCUGCCUGACAGUGUCAACUUUAUAGUCAGAGAGACGAAGACACAGCUCCCGCUGGCUGCAUUGAGGAAGGUAUGGGGGGAAGCGGUCAGCUACAUUUGUGGAUUAAAAGAGGACUACACUCGCCUGUACCAGGGACAAAGGGCUGCUAUGCUGAGUCUGCUGCGUUACAACACCAACUUAACACGCUACAAGAACCUACUCUUCUCCCAGUCGCAGCAGCUGCAAGCCAAGCUGGCUUUCUUCAAAACCAGCAUCCAGCAUGACUUGGAGCAAUACACCAAGCAGAGACACACAGGCAUCUCUUCAGAGAAGAUGCUCAGGACGUGGCAUGAAAACGAAGCAAUGGCCGAUGGCUUUACAAAGGUCGCUGAUGUGGGAUAUCUGGAUGAAGAGAUAGUUGCGCUUUAUUCUGAAAUUGUGGAAUUGCAGCGUAGUCCAUUUUUGAGGAGACAAGGAGACUUAAUGGAACAGCUUGAGGGAAAAGCUAUCGAACUCUACAAGCAACUAAAAGCGAAAUGCAAAAGCCCCGACCCACCACAUGGUUACAGUGACAGCUCGAGCAUGGUCAAGGCCAUACUACAAAUGGUUCAGAACCAAGAUCGAGUGCUGAAAGAUUUGUACACUCACCUGAGUACAAUUCUGGUGUGCAAGCAGCGCAUCGUUGAUUUGUUCCCAAAGCUGGAAAAGGCAGUUGAGAGCAUAAAAACGGCAGAGGCAGCCGUAAUGCAGAUGCAAACAAAGCGGCAGAAAGAGUUCUGGUACCUUCUUAAGAUUGCCUGUGCCCAGGGCGAUUCACAGAUUUGUGUUCAGCCAUCCAGUGAUAGUGAAACAGUUUCUCAGUUAUUGGAUGAAAACUGGCAUUAUCUAAGUAAGCUCACUUCUUUGCUGCAGGAUGUCAGCCAGGAAAGGGAGCAAAGUAUAACGGAUCAAGACUGGAGUUGGAUCCCAAGUGGCGCAGCAAAACCCAACCAAAAGGCUUCGAGUAGCCAACCAAAACCUCAAUGAGUCAAACAUACAUAAGCGGUGCCUUACAACAUGUAUGCUGCCAGGAUUUUAUUUUAUUUUUUUGGUAUCUUGUCCUUACACAGAAUGCUGUAUUGAACACAGACUUUAUGUUAAAGUCUGAAAGCAAUGAUAUGAGCUAUAAUUAUGUUUUUUGUUUGUGUGUCACAUCCUGUAAGAUAAAUCUUAUUUAUAUAGUGAAACUGAGCAGAGUGAAGUGUUGCAAAGAAAGUGAUAUAACGAUAUCUUCAAAGGCUUUGUGUGCCAAAUCCACUUGCACAGCGUAUUCUACGCAGAAUUUACAGUUACGAUUAGGAAAGCACUUCGAUAUGUAUGAUCUUAAAUAUUUCUUGAUUUUUAAAAUUUUGAAAUAAAUGUAUUUUCUGCACUUCAGGACAUAAUGUCAUUGGAAUAAAAUCCAUCAAUCAUAUUCAAAACCAA